CACACAUUGAUUUACUCUCUUUCUCUUUCAGACCUUUCAAAUUCUCUCAUCCUCACUCGUCGUCCCUGACUUACUCAAUGGCUGACCGAGUUCAUCCGCGCGACUCACCUCCCGUUUCCGGCGAAUCCCAGCCCACAUCUUCUCCGGAGCGCGGCGUCCCCAGGAAACCUUCUCCGCCGGGGCCGGCGAAGCCUGUUCCGCCUCCACAGGCUGGAACCUACGUCAUCCAGAUACCCAAGGACCAAGUCUACCGCGUUCCUCCGUCGGAGAAUGCUCGCCGCCAGAGCCACUACGCUCGCCGGAAGAACCGCCGCGGUUCUUGCUGCUGCUGCCUCUGCUGGCUGAUCGGUCUCAUCUUCAUCCUCAUCGUCCUACUCGGUAUCGCCGCCGGCGUUCUAUACCUCGUUUUCCGUCCGAAGGCACCGGACUACACAAUCAACAGCAUUGCCGUCAAAGGAGUAAACCUCACAUCGUUAGCAGCCUCGUCAUCGGCGAUCUCACCGGAGUUCGACGUCGCCGUUCGCGCCGAUAACCCAAACAAGAAGAUCGGGAUUUACUACGAGAAGGAUAGCUCUGUGGAAGUGUACUACAAGAAAGUGAUGCUCUGUAACGGCGCCUUGCCGGCGUUUUACCAGCCGUCAAAUAACGUCACGGUGUUUCAAACGGUGUUAAAAGGAUCCAACAUUGAGCUGACGACUACCGAUGCGAGGGCUUUAGUGAAUGCACAGAGCAAACGGAGCGUGCCGUUAACGUUGAAACUGAGAGCGCCGGUGAAGAUCAAGCUGGGUUCCGUUAAGACAUGGAAGAUUACUGUUAAAGUUGACUGUGAUGUAACGGUAGACAAUCUAACGGCGAACGCUAAGGUGGUUUCAAAGGACUGUGAUUACGGCGUUGAUCUAUGGUGAUUAUGAGAAAAUAUUCUGUGGAAGGAGCUGCUUGGGUAUAGGGAUAGGAUGAACUCGUUUUGGGGAUUACGUGUUUGGCAUUAUAUUUGUUGCUUCAUAGGUUGUUAUAUUAUUAUUAUUUGCACAUAGAUCUUAUAAAUAUAUUAUUCGGGAUAGAAUAAUACAUUUGAUGAUGAUCGUUCAUCACGCUUGAUUUGGUUCAUUGUGAUUGUGAUUUCUUCCUCCUUGGUUUUUAAUUUUCCUUCGUAUAUUAAUUGGUUUAUA